AUUUCUAUUACAACACCAAACAGGCAAACACGUGUGCAAGUGCAAUGGUGUGACUUCGGUGUGUCACCACUGGUGUUGUUUGUCGUUUGUAAAAUUGUCAAUACAUUGCUUGGUUUAAAUUAGAGUAUUAAUUAAACAACCGUGUGUGCUUGUGUAUAAAAAAUUCGUUGGAACAAAAUUAUGGCGUCGAGCAGCCCUUUGGUAGAUGCAAAAGAACGUUUGUCCGAAGAAUAUAAGGUUUGGAAGGUGCACCAUCCAAAGGGCUUCAUAGCUGAGCCACAAAAAGAUGAAGGAGGCAUUCUAGAUUUACUUCACUGGAAAUGUGCAAUCCCAGGGAUGGACAAGGUACAAUCUUUGCACAUGACCCCAUGGGCUGGAGGGUCUUACAAGCUUACAGUCAAUUUUCCCAAUGAUUAUCCAUAUUCGCCACCAAAAUGCAAGUUUUGUCCUCCUAUCUUUCAUCCAAAUGUUUUUCCAUCCGGAACCGUUAGCCUUUCUCUCAUUGAUAAGGAGCAUGGAUGGAAACCACAGACGACCCUGAAGGAGGUCUUGGUGGGUAUUCAGUUGCUUUUGAGCGAUCCCAAUUUUGACAACCCUGCUCAGGCUGAAGCGUCCGCAGUGUAUUUCAACAGUCCCUCUGAUUACGAAAAUCGUGUCGUUUGUCAAGCUAAGGAAAUGGCUUUAAAAUGAAUGGACAAAAAAGACAGGAUUUUUUAAAUAUUCAACAAAUUCUACAUAUAUAUGAAUAAAACAUCGAUGGGUUUGUCUUCAUGAAAUUUUCCAAAGCAUGAUUGCAAAGAACUUUGGUUAGCUACUACUUUGCGGAUGUUUGCCUCGAUUUUGUAAGUUGCAGUAGGAAAGCGAACUUUUGUAAAAGUAAACUUGUAAACCUUUAUGGAAUGAAACCUUCCCCAUAUACAUACACAUGAUAUUAUAUACAUUAGUUACUUCAA